CUGCCACCACUUCUCCCACCUGCUCUCGUUUAUUUUACUAACAAGGAAUCCUCUCUUUUUCAUCACCUGAUACCAUGGCUCCUUCGUUACUACGCCUGGCUACUCGCUACAACACCAUCGGCGCACGCUUGUUACACAAUACGGGCAAGGUGGCUAGCUCGUCGGCGCUGCCCAACAUCCAGUCCGCAGCUAUCCAGAAGACGCUGACCACCGAGCCGAAGCCGCUCGUGGCCAAGGAGAAGCUGUUGUUUGGCCACACGUUCUCGGACCACAUGCUGACUGUCGACUGGACGCGCAAGGGCGGGUGGCAGAAGCCGCAGAUCAUUCCGUACGGCCCGCUGUCGAUCGACCCGUCGGCGUCGGUGCUGCACUAUGCGUUCGAGUGCUUUGAGGGCCUGAAGGCGUACCGUGAUGCCAAGGGCAACAUCCGGCUGUUCCGGCCGGACAAGAACAUGACGCGGAUGAAUUCGAGCGUCGAGCGGCUGUACCUGCCGCAGUUCGACGGCGCCGAGGCCAUUGAAUGCAUCAAGGAGCUGGUGCGCACGGACCAGCGCUGGGUUCCCGACGGCAAGGGCUAUUCGCUGUACAUCCGCCCGACCGUCAUCGCCACUGAGAACACAUUAGGCGUGCAUGCGGCCAACAGCGCCAAGCUCUUUGUCAUCACCUCGCCCUGCGGGCCCUACUUCCCGACCGGCUUCAAGGCCGUCAGCCUGUACUGCGACGAGACGAACGUGCGCGCGUGGCCCGGAGGCGUCGGCAACCGCAAGCUGGGUGCCAACUACGCGCCGUCGGUGGCCCCGCAGGCCGCAGCCGAGAAGAAGGGGUACCAGCAGAUCCUGUGGACCAUCGGCGAGGACCACGAGCUCAUGGAGGUUGGAACCAUGAACCUGUUUGUGUACUGGAAGAACGAGCAGGGCGAGCUGGAGCUCGUUACGCCGCCGCUCGACGGCACUAUCCUGCCGGGUGUCACCCGUGACUCGAUUCUGGAGCUCGCUCGCAGCUGGGGCGGCAUCAAGGUGUCGGAGCGCAAGGUCAACAUGAAGCAGGUUGCCAAGGCCAGCGACGAGGGCCGCCUGCUCGAGGUGUUUGGUGCCGGUACUGCGUGCGUUGUCACCCCGGUCAACCGCAUCCACUUCCAGGGCAAGGACUACGUCAUCCCGCUUGACCCGGCCAAGCCCGAGUCGCAGGCUGGCCCGCUGGCCGCCCGUGUCUACGACACGCUGACUGGCAUCCAGUACGGCGAGAUUGAGUCGGACUGGUCGGUGCUGGUCGACUAACGGAGGCGAGAGAGUAGUUGCAUGUUUGAUUAUAUAAAUCCGGAAUCAGCACAUAUGCGGUCGAAAUACAUGCGGCAU